AUGGUUGCAAGAGUUAGUGACCCGUUCCCGCCUCGCCCCUCUUCAGGUCCCAAAAUCAAUCUCUCAAAAAUUUCAGAAGGAGUAGCCGGAGCAUCGAUGUUUCGUGCCGAUGCUGCCCUGGUCGUCACCUGGCACAACACAGCUUCAGGUAUUGCUGGGCGAUCUGACAUCGAUGCGGGUCAAACUGCCACUUACCAGGCUAUAUGGCUGACUGACCAACCGGGUCGUUUAUCCUAUGUUAUUUUCAACUACGAUCGACUGGGCUUCGAUGCUCAAGAUUUUCGCGCAAAUUCUCGAAGUGGGCGUUGUAGGGCUCUUUUCAAUGGCGGAAAUCACACGGGCGUUGUCGAUGUUGACCCUACCCAAGCUUACAAAAACACUCCAAAGGUGCUAGCCCAACGUUCCGGUGUCCCACAUGUGGUACGAGGACGUUACAUGUUUCGAGUUGAUGAUGUUGUACGUCCAGCUGGUUGUAGUAAUAAAACUGGAGGAACAUGUAAAAAAAAUGAUGAGAUAUCGAUCGAUUCAGACCCGAUGAUGAUCUACCCAAAUAUAGUAAAUAUGCUUGGUGAAAUGACUGUGGAUGUGAAUGCAAUGUGUUUGGAUCGCGCUACACCUUAUAUUCUUAUGAUAGAAGAGAGAGAGGUAAGGAGCGAAUUUUUAGAAUUUGAAUUUUUACAUUUUCUCAAACAAACAAAUAAUCCUACUUUUCCUUUUUCCUUCUCAAAAAUGUUAUAAAA